UUUUUUUUUUUUCCUUUUUUUUUUUUUUUUUUUUUUUUUUUUCCUCCCUUCCUCCCUUUUUAAAAUUUUCUCGGGAAGGGGAAGAACGGCGCGGCGUUUCCCCCCUCCGCCUCGCCUUUCCGCCUCCUCUGCUCUCUGCCCUGCGGUGGCGCUCGGAGAAGGACGGGCCGGGCAGCGGAGGGUCGGCGGCGGCGGGGGCAGCCCCCGCUGUAGCCCCGAGCGGCGGCCGCGCCCCCCCUGUCAGACACCAAAGAUGCUAACAAGGAAGAUUAAGCUUUGGGACAUUAAUGCCCAUAUAACCUGUCGUCUGUGCAAUGGAUACCUGAUUGAUGCUACUACUGUAACAGAAUGCUUGCAUACUUUCUGUAGAAGCUGCCUAGUGAAAUAUUUGGAGGAAAACAACACCUGUCCAACCUGUAGGAUUGUUAUACAUCAGAGCCACCCAUUACAGUAUAUUGGUCAUGACAGAACAAUGCAAGAUAUUGUUUACAAACUUGUGCCAGGCCUCCAAGAAGCGGAAAUGAAAAAGCAGAGGGAGUUUUAUCACAAACUGGGCAUGGAAGUUCCAGGGGACAUCAAAGGGGAGACAUGCUCUACAAAACAGCACCUAGAUUCUCAUCGAAAUGGUGAAACUAAAGCAGAUGAAAAUAUAAAUAAAGAAACUUCGGAGGAAAAACAGGAAGAAGAUAAUGACUACCACCGAAGUGAUGAACAGGUAAGCAUCUGCUUGGAGUGCAAUAGCAGCAAACUGCGUGGAUUGAAACGAAAAUGGAUUCGUUGCUCUGCACAAGCAACAGUCUUGCAUCUAAAGAAGUUCAUUGCCAAAAAACUCAACCUUUCUUCUUUUAAUGAGCUGGACAUAUUAUGCAAUGAAGAGAUUCUUGGCAAGGACCAUACGCUCAAGUUUGUAGUUGUUACUAGAUGGAGAUUUAAGAAAGCACCUCUACUGCUACAUUAUAGACCCAAAAUGGACUUGCUGUAAGGGAACUUUACUGUCCUUCUGGACAGAGCUUUUUGCAGAGACUAUCAUCUGGCACCUUCUUAGUGCAUCACUAAUCACAUGACACAAACCAGCUGAAUAAUUUUGGAAGACUGGAGGGCUUUCAUAGUGGGCUGUCCUGAAUAUUUCUUCUAGGGGUGUGUUACCUAGACUUCUGGGCAGACAAUAUUUAUACUUUUUUUGUACGGAAGAAAGAAGUUUCAACUCAGCAAGACACUACCAGCAUUAAGUUUACAGAUACUGAAAACACUUCACAGUUCCAUGUAGCUCAGCCUGAUUUGUCUCUUACAGUUACACACAGAAAAAAAAGUUUGAGUGUUGUGGGGUGAUAUAAAUGUGUUGCUUUUGACACCAAGUUGCAUUUAGUUACUUCUCGCAUUCUAAAUCUUUAAAAACUAUAUUUUUGCAAAGUGUUAUUGUCUUAUAUAGUAUGCCUGAUUGCAUUGGCUUUAUUGAAGUUAUUCUGUAGAGCAUUGAACAUACCUGAUAAUACAGUGACUGGUGAUAAUUUAUUAUGCUGCAUUGAAAACUUAAGAAAAUCUGGGAAACCAGUAAAUUUGUCAUUUUUGCCCAGUUAUUGCUCUUCUCACCUUGUGUUUUAAUAAAGUUUUGAUACUUCUGUAUGCGUGUUAAUUUGGUAAGACAAAUAGAAAUAAUUUCAGUUGAUUUUAAUGUGCUGUGAUAUAUAUUUUGCUAUGGUAAGAAUUGCACCACGUAAUGACAAAUACUCACAAGUGCUAGAUUUGUGAAUUUCUUAAAAAAUAAACAUUUCUUAUGUAUUUGUGGCUUGCAGAAAUCAUUUUUUAAUUUAGAAUUUGCUAUCACUAGCUAUUGAAACAGUGGCUCUUGGACAACUUUGGGAGUAUUGCAGAUUUUUCAUUUCACUGAUUAAAACUUACAGGCAGCUUUAAAUUUCUUUGGCUGUUUUCUUAUGAAACCAUAGCACUUUCCUUAAUGCAAUUCCUAACUUACAUGGGGUGGGAAGGAAGGGGGAGUCAAGACAAUAUUAUUUUAGCACCUUUUGGCCUUAACUAGUAAUUUUGCUUGCAUCAGCCCUAAUGGAUGCAAGGUAAUACACAUUAAUAUAUGUUUGGAUACAUACAUCUAUAUACACUUGUAACUAUGUAUGUUAUAGAAAGCACCCUCAAUGGCACUUAGCAGGGCUCACUGCACUUUUUUGUAAGGCUUUUGGAAACAACUGACUUUUAAAAAAAUGUAGUUGAAAGUGAUUUCUGCAAGCUAUAUCCACCAUGUAUCAUCCAUAGUACAAUUGUAAGAACAUUUGUCUGGCGCAGGUGUGAAGUCACUGAAAACAGUGUAUGCCCUAUUAUUGCCAGCUGGAAAUGGAUAACCUUAUUUUUGGGAGCGUUUUCCUGUCAGCUGAAAAUGCUAGUCGCUAUUCAUAUUAUUAAACCCUAUUAUUUUUUGAUAAAUUGUCUUAGGAUAAGAAGCCCUGCUUCCUCUUGCUGUGCUCCUUUGCUUCUUCUGCUAGAAAGUGAUACUUGGUAACCAGAAGCUGAUUCUGCAAGAGAUUUAUCUAAGCAUUUUAAAUACUCUUCCCUCUUGAGUUUUCAAAGCGCUACAUUUCUCAGCACAUUUCCCUUAAUUUUAUCUCUGGAGUCUUCAGUUCUCCUUUCCCAGCUCUGCUGCUGUUUGUGCUUACUUUUGACAACAGGGCUCCUUUUAGAUUACAGUCAAAAAGGAGUAGGAAGAAAAUGAGAAAAAAAAAAAUUAUGUGAGCAGAGAAUGAAAGGGUGCCUCCUAAAUUGCAGAGAUGGAAAGGAGAGCCACACAAAGGCCGGAACAUGCUGCUGUCCUUGUGGGUGAAAGUCUAUAAGAUAACUGCAUUUGAAUGUUUAGGUUACGCAGAAUUCCACAUCUGGGUGUUUGUGUGCAUGUCUGUGAUUCAUGGAAUCAAAUUUGGCUCUGAUUCUGUCUUGCUGUUUCUGUAUUUUCAGCUCUUUUUUCUGUCUUUAGCAUUACUUGAUCUGGCAGAAAAGAACAAACAAGAUCACAUGUCUACCAUGUUUAAAACUUUCCGUGAAAGCAGUCAAUGCAGGUGGUAUAGAUGUGUACACAAGCUGACAUACUGGGCCUCUCUGGAGCUGUUUCUUACGUGAUUGUUGCUGUUGUAGUGUAAAUAAGAGACUGACUUUGCCACUGAGGCCCUGAGAAUGUGGACAGGACUGUAAGGGUCCCAGCGCUGUGCACCCAGAGUAUACACGCAGUGGCUGUACCUGAUGUAGACAUUAAACUAAAGCUGCCAGACAGCAUUCUGAUUAACCACCUUAAUCAGAAUAUAUAUAUAUAUACAUACACACACAAACAAAAAUAUAUAUACAUAUACACAUAUAAAUGAGAUCUGUCUACCUCAAGUGUGUGUACUGCAGAAAACUUUUGUAUGACUAGAUAUUGACGCAGUGCUGUUAAAGUACAUUGGGAUUUAAUUUCUUCCUUGUGUACUUGAGCAACUGAGAAAUUAAUUACAAACACACAAAUUCAGAAGCCUUUCAAAUCUAUCUCUUGCUGGAACAACUUACAAUACAAAACGUAUAAGUUUAUAACCACCUUUAGGAUCACUUGAAUUUGUUAUGGUGCUAUCAGUAUAUAGAAAACUCUGCCAGUAUUAAUACCUAUAGCUGGGGUUUUUGCUUGUAAUUGUGUGUAACUGCUUUUGCAAUGUGUUUAAUCUGAUAAAACCGCACCAAUAAAAAAAAAACAGAAAAAAAAAAAAGAAAACCAAACAACAAAAAACCCCCAAACCAACAAAAAACCCCAAAGUUACUCAGUUGUUUUUCUAAAUCACAUGUGAUAACAUCUUCACUACAAAAAUUGCCCUCAGGAGUGGUGUGACUGUGUCUGUACCAUAUGUUAGUCUCACUAAAAGACUACAGUGUAGAGCAAGGUCUUCUUUGGGUCAGAGCCUUGUUUAAUUUCUGUGACACUUAAGAGACAAUUUAUAUCAAUAUUAUAUUGGGUAAAGUAACCCUGAUACUGUUGAAAAUUGAACAGAAAUUUGGACUUGGCCAUAGAUAUUUCUUAGUCCUGAUGAGGUCAUGGUAGUUGAUUUUGGCUUUUGUGAAGAUGCCAUUACUGUGAAGUAGUUUUUACAAUUACUGACGCUGGUAAAUAGUUGCAGUAAGGAGGUAUCUUGUUGCAUUAUCCUCAGCAGCAGUGAGACUGAUGAAUCACCUGGGCUUAGAGUCUCAUUAAGUAUACUUUCAUUAAAAAUAAAGAAUUCAGAUAGAAUAUAUAAUAUUGAAUUUAAAUAAGAUUUGGGGGUUUAAAUUUUAACUUUAUAAAAUUAUUUAUUCUAUUUUAAGCCUUCUGUCUUAUUUUACCAUCCAAGUAUUUUUGGUUUUAGUGGUCCAGCUUUAUUUACGGGCAUAUAAAUUGAAAUUGUAAGAUGUUUUUACGAGCUUCUUCCUUUUACAUUGAGUUUCAGUAGCUUUCAUUUGUAUGUUUUUGUUUUGUAUGGAUAAAGAGCAUUACUUAUGCUUUUGUGCAAUAGGUUUGAAACAUGCAUUAAUUAGGCUUAUGUUUAAAUUGUAAAUGUAGCAUCUACUUACCAUUACAUUUAAAAGGAAUGUAGAUGGCUUUUCUCAUUUGGGGGUGGGCAUGUGUGUUUUAUGCUUUGUUCCAUUUUUUAUUUUAUGAGUGAAAUGGGGGAUUUAAAAUUUCUGUAAGUACAAGAACUAUCUGUCAGCAAUAUUUUAAAAUAAACGAUCUUGCAAGAAACCUUAAUGUGAAUUGUGGAAGCAAUCAACAAGACUUGCAGCCUAUCUGAAAAUGUUUUGUGCCAUUGUUAGGUCUGGUAUAUUUGUGUACCAUCACACCUGGGAAUAUUUUUUCUACUGGUUGUGCAAUAGUAUACACAACACUGUCACUCAGGAGAUAUGGGACCGUAAAAAAUAUCAGACUACAGCAAAGAUGGUGCUAUUUUUUCCAAUAGGCUAUGAGCCUUUGAAAGCUUAUCUGGCUCUUAUUGUCUUUAUAACAACACAGUCCUAGGGGAUUUACAGAUUUUUUUUUUUUUCUACUAGAUGAUAAAUAUAACUUGCUAUUUUACAGCAUUCUGCAUAUUACAUUAAGAUAAAUAUAAUAGGAAAAAGCCAACCAGUCUGUACAUCAGCGAGAUGAAUCUUAGGUACACAUUUUGUACAGAAGGCUUUACUGAACAGAAAUAUCAAGUUUCUACUUUUCCUCAGGUAAUCACUUCAGUUUGGAUGUUUCACUGAAAACAUUAAUGCAACUUUAGUUAGUCUGCCUAAAGUUGGUAACAGAUCUUGUUCCACCCACAAGUCUCCUUACAUAAGAUACAAUUAGAUGUUACUUGGGUCUUGAUAUCCAUUUUUGAAGAAAAAGCUGCAGAGAACAGCACUAACGAACAUGGAACAAUGCUUCAAUCUCUGCUCUCAUCAAAACUUGCAGUCAGGACAAAAAUUACCUAGGAACUUGAGUCUUGUGGCAAGUCAACAGCUAAUGUUUUACCUGUUUGUUUGUAUACAAAUUAAAGGUAUGACUCUACUAUUUGUUCCAUAUUUUAUCCUCCUCAGAAUAUUUUGGAGAUCUUUUGAAACCACAGUGACCUGUCCAUGUCCUGGUGGUAGGGUAGGAACUAAAUGUCCAAUUCUAUGAACAUUUACAUUGGUAACUUUACUAAUAAUCUGGAUGGUUCCACAGAAAGCAGUGGGAUCAUUCAUUCAAACAGAGGUAUGGCUUAAGGAAGAACUCCUGAGUUUUGAGUACUGAUAUUCAACUAUUUUUUUAUUCUGUUAUUUCUGUUUGAAAUGGAAAGUAUUGGUUUGAUAGAUUCUUUAAUUCAAGUGACUUAUCUGAACAAAAGGAAAGUUUGUUCUUUCCUUCUGCAAACAGGAUCAUUUUGUAGUUAAGGGACAAUUAGCCAGUGCAACCACUAAGCCUUUUAUCCUCAUACGUGGCAUAAUAAAGAUUCUGGAACUGUCAGAGUGUAAAACCAUAUUUUUGGCUUAGCUUCAUUCAAAAGUUUACAAUUUUUUAUGCUUUGUGUUGCUGUGUAAUUUCUGUACUACUGGUGGCUAGUUUUGUCUGAAUAAGCCUUUUGGGGAUUAAUGCUUAAUGUUUUGAUUUUAUGAUAGUGAAGCUUGUAUCCAGUGUUUUGCCAAUGAAUAUUAUAUGCUUGUUAAUAAAAGCAGAGAAACUAACUGAAA